ACACUUGAGCUGAGGAUCGCAGUUUUAAGGCUGUGUUUGGAGGAAAUGCACUGCCACCUGUGUUUUUUUAAAAUUUAUUUAUUUUAUCAACGAGCAUAUGUGCAAUCAGUCCCCGAGAUUCUGGGAAUGAUUCUGGGAAUCAUCCACCAGAUGUGUGCCUGUAGACUUUGAGGCCACUUCCAGUCACUCCCCUGAAUAGCAGAGAGGGGAGGACUGGAGGCUGGGAUGGGAGUUCAAUGACUUCCAGAUGUGCCUUGUGGUAAUCACUCUGCAAAUACUGUUCCUACCAGCCAUCAUGUCCGGAAAGUCAGAUGGGAAAAAGAAGUGGGCUGCGGUCAGGGAUCGCCUGGGCUCCUCGCAGGACUCAGACAGCCAGCAGGAGGCCAACCUGGAGAGCGCCGACCCAGAGCUGUGCAUCAGGCUGCUGCAAGUUCCCACCGUGGUCAACUACUCUGGGCUGAAGCGACGCCUGGAAGGCAGCGACCAGACAUGGAUGGUCCAGUUCUUGGAGCUGAGCGGGCUGGACCUGCUCCUGGAGGCCCUGGACCGGCUCUCGGGGCGCGGAUGCUCUCGCAUCGCCGACGCCCUGCUGCAGCUCACCUGCGUCAGCUGCGUGCGGUCAGUCAUGAACUCCUCGGCAGGGAUCCACUUCAUCAUAGACAACGAGGGAUACAUUCGGAAGCUCUCACAAGCCUUGGAUACUUCCAACACCAUGGUGAAGAAGCAGGUGUUUGAGCUGCUUGCAGCCCUCAGCAUGUUCUCUACCGACGGACAUUGCCUGGCGCUGGAUUCCCUGGAUCACUACAAGGGCGUGAAGACGCAGCAGUAUCGCUUCAGCGUGAUCAUGAACGAGCUGCAGGCGACUGACAACGUCCCGUACAUGGUCACGCUCCUCAGUGUCAUCAACGCCCUCAUCUUCGGGACGGACAUCCUCAGGCACCGAGACAAGAUGAGGAAGGAGUUUAUCGGGCUUCAGUUACUUGAUAUUCUGCCAAAGUUAAGGGAGCAGGAGGAUGAAGACUUGAUUAUUCAAUGUGAAGCUUUUGAAGAGGCAAUGGCUGAAGAUGAAGAGGAGCUGCUGCGGGUGUACGGAGGCAUUGACAUGAGCAAUCACCUGGAGGUCUUCACUACUCUCUUCAACGAGGUGAGCAGCUCCCCAGCCUCUUUCCAGCUGCUGUCCAUCCUGCAGACGCUGCUGGUGCUGGGGCCCAGUCGCCCUGAUAUCUGGCUGGCUCUGGAGGCCAUUACAAACAGAGCCUCACUGUUGGCCCAGGACUCUCAGAUGCAGUCCUGUGAGAAGAUCAUGCAGCGACUGUUGUUCUCCAAAGGAAAGAGCUGUGACGAUCACCAUGAAGUGGACGGGCAGCUGAGCAUGGUGGAUAAGUCCGUGCAGACUGAUCCGGACAAAGAGAAGCCUGUUGAGGGCACCACGUCCUCUCAGAAGCCACUCUGUGCCCCCCCUCCACCUCCACCUGCGCCCCCUCCGCCUCCUCUGCCCCCCAGCAUGACUGGGCCCCUGCUCCAACCUUCCAACCAGUGUCCGCCCCCGCCACCACCUCCACCUCCGCCGCUACCCGGAGGGCUCGGUGGACCUCCACCACCUCCUCCCUUACCUGGCAUGCCUCCUCCGCCACCUCCACCAGCCCUACCAGGGAUGGGGGGUGGCGGACCACCACCGCCACCGCCUUUACCUGGCAUGCCUCCUCCGCCACCUCCCCCAGCACUACCAGGGAUGGGGGGUGGCGGACCACCACCGCCACCGCCUUUACCUGGCAUGGCACCUCCGCCGCCUCCUCCCCCGGGCAUGAUCGUGGCUCAGAGUAGCCAGUCCCUGGGGUGCAUGGGGCCCGCAAAGACGAACCGAUGUCCCACCCUCAGGAUGAAAAAGCUCAACUGGCAGAAACUCCGCGCCGUCACUGAUGGUCCCUCCAUGUGGGCCUCGGUGCAGAAAGAGCCUCCUCCUCCGGAGCCGGACUACAGCAGUAUAGAGCAGCUGUUCUGUCUCCCGGUGACGGAGCACAAAGACAAGGGGGCAGCUGCUCCUGUCAAGAAGGAGCCUAAAGAGAUUACAUUCAUUGAUCCAAAGAAAAACUUGAACCUGAACAUAUUCCUAAAGCAGUUCAGAUGCAAAAAUGAGGACUUUGUGACCAUGAUUCGGAACGGGGACCGAACGAAGUUUGACGUGGAGGUGCUGAAACAGCUUCUGAAGCUUCUACCAGAGAAGCAUGAGAUAGAAAAUUUGAAGUCCUUCCAAGGAGAACAAGACAAGUUGGCGAAUGUUGACCGCUUCUACAACUCCCUCCUCACUCUGCCAUGUUACCAGUUGAGGAUUGAGUGCAUGUUGCUGUGCGAGGAGACAUCAUCGGUGCUGGACAUGCUCAAACCUAAAGUCAAGCUGGUGGAGGAGGCCUGCCAGUCUCUCAGAGCGAGCACACUCAUACCCAGUUUCUGCAAGCUUAUCCUCGACGUGGGGAAUUUUCUCAAUUAUGGAAGUCACACGGGCAACGCAGAGGGUUUCAAGAUCAGCUCUCUGCUCAAGCUCACAGAGACCAAGGCCAACAAGAGCCGCAUUACACUGCUUCAUCACAUCCUGGAGGAAGCAGAGGUAGAUCACCCGGAGCUGUUGGCGCUGCCAGACGAUAUGGAGAUCUGUCAAAAAGCAGCAGGAGUUAAUCUGGACUCUGCUCAGUCAGAAGCCAGUGCCUUACUAAAACGACUCAAUGAAGCGGUCAGGAAGGUCGCCAACUCUGUGGAGGAGGUGAAGGAGCAAUAUGCCGAAGUUCUUGAUGAAAGUGUGGAGGCAUGUCGGGCUGUAGGCGAACAGUUCGCUGACAUCGACAAGCAGAGGAGUGAGCUGGCCGUCUACUUGUGUGAGGAUUCUAAUAAGCUGUCACUUGAGGAACUCUUUGGAACCAUGAGGACUUUUCGAGAACUUUUCAUCAAGGCGCUGAAGGAAAACAAAAUGAGGAAGGAGCAGGCAGCCAAGGCUGAGAAGAGAAAGAAGCAGCUGGCAGAAGAAGAGUCCAAGAGACAGAAGGGAGAAAAUGGAAAAAUAAUCAAGAGAGGCUUUGUGCCAAAGGAUGACAGCUGCAUCGUCGACCACCUCCUGGCGGAUAUCAGGAAAGGUUUCAGCCUCAGAAAGACCAGGCCAAGGUGCGAUUCGGAAAGCCAACCUUCUAGUGAAAAGCGUAGGGAUACCUGCCCACCUGGGUCAAGUGUCAAGCCUGCAAACGAAGAAGCCGCAGAAAUAGCCACCACUUCAUCUCCCAUCAAAUCUCUGACAGGGGGUCACCAGGUCAGCACAGGCGAAGUGAACGGUUUCAUCAGCCCAUCAGAAGAGACUCGCCCGGCGCCGCCGAGUGCCGCAUCAAGCGGACCAGCUGUACCUCCCAGCACUCUCCCAGGAGAGCCAGCCAUGACUACGCAGGCACCCCCGGAAAGACGGGGCCCGCAACCUGUAGUGCCUUCCCAUGAUGUGUCACAACCUCUGCCUCAGGCUGAAGGGGACCAGGGACCAUGUCUCGUCACAAAUGGCUUUUCAUUAGAUUCGGCUGAGAGCAGCGUGUUUCUUAGCCCAUCCUCCCUCUCAGACUCUGACCUGCUGGAGGCGGUGUUAGAUGGCACUUCCAGCCUGGUACCUGAGAAACUGAUGCCUGAGCAACCGGCGGAAAUUACUGUCAAUGUCCAGGUCAAGGAAAGUCCUUCACCUGAAGCAGACAUUAAUGUGGCACACAGUGGUGAAAGCAAUAUUGCGGGAGAAGGGAAGGGGGAAAUCAGUCACAAAACAAGCCAUUCAACAGAGAUUGUGGGAAAAGGCAGCGGCGGAGGAGAACGGGAGUGCGGCCAAGAUGAGGCUGUGAGUCGCAAGCAUUUGGACCUCAAACGCCAUUCGACCUUGCUCUGUGAGGGCAUCGAGGGGUACGACGUCCCAGAUGGAAUGGCAGCACAAGAUUGGCCAUUGGUGUCUGAAGCCGUGCCUCCACCCCCGAAGCCCGAAGCAAAAAAACAACAGAGCCUCUUUAAACGAAACAAAAAGAAGAGUAACCAAGGUAACAGUGGGAAAGGACACACUAAACAUAAAAAAGGCUGUGUGUUGCAGUGAGGUGACUCCAGAAAAAGGAAAUCCAGAGGAAAAAGAAAAUGUUAAUUUCUCAGACGAGCUCUGAGCUGGAAGGACUACAAUAUAUUUAAUUUUUGUGAGAUUAUAUGAAUAUUGACUGCCUUCAAGAGGAUGCAGAGGUCUUCCUUUCGCGAUGAUCUGUGUUUCCAGACAAAGAAGAGAAAACACAUCUACGGCUGUGGUCUUCACAACAUGGAAGAACUUGUCACUUUAUGUAAAUGAAUUGUUGUACUUUUCUCAGUUUAUGGGCGGUUCUGAUUCAGAACUGUUCAAAAAAAAAAUAUGAAUAUUCUUUGUAUGUUUUGUAUAGUUGUUGUAAUAUGCAUGGGACUUCUAUCAUAAGCUCCAUUCACCUUUCAGCACCUGGAGAAAGAAAGAUGCAGCGUUUGGUGCCAGAUAUUUACUGUCAAAACAAAAAAUAUAUCUCUUAAUUUCUAUACAUGUUAUACAAAUGAUCUCUUAACAAGAAAGUGCACGGACACCAUAUGGCGGAUUGUAAGUUUUAAUGUGAAGUAUAUUUUAAUAAAAAUGACUUGCAAUU